UAUCGAGCUCCGGCUUCUGUGUGUGAUGAGACGUUCGAAACAAUUGGAUAAGUCUUAAGUGCCUACCGAAAUGGUUGUCGAAGUACGGCUCCGGCGUUCGGAUUCUCUGAACGGUUUCGGAUUCCGGAUUCGCCACUGUGGAGACGGACCUCCCACAAUAUCGGACGUCGCCCUCAACGGACCUACGGCCGGACUGCUUGAACCUGGCGACGAAAUCGUAUCCGUGGACAGCCUGGUGGCGGGGGACGUUCACAUCCGCCAGCUGCUAAAACAUUUGCGUCUCGCUCGUGAUGAGGUCACCCUGGUCAUAAAGAAGAACUACAAAAACAAGCCAAAUCAGAUCAGUCCUCAACGAGAUCCGCUGUCUUCUUGCGAAUCAUACGCAUCAAAACCGGAGCAAGUUCCCACAGAGAACGACAGAAAUCAUUCCAACAGAGUUUCGCUUCCACGAUUGACAGGCGGCCGCAACACUAAAAUGAUUCAGUCUGCCGGUCCGACAACAGCAUCGAACGGUUUUCCCGGUGGAGGAGGAAUCAGUGGCGGCCGCAGAACAGAUUCGAAUCAAAAUAAUCACAUCGGCGAGUCAGGUCAUCUCAGAGAUGAAAACUCAUCGAUCAACCCUCAGCCACAGUCGCAAACACAGAUGCAAGAGCAACAAGCGUCGCAAACAACUCACGUUACGAAGAUGCGCAAAAGCAACAGCACCGAAAGGAAGAAACUCGCCGAGGCGUUCAUCAUGACGGGGGAUGCAAUAAUUAUUACGAAAAGCCUCGAAUCGGGGGGAGAAGAAUUGAAGAGCUCUCCCGAAGACGAGGACCACUCCGAGGCCUCAAGGGUCACCUUGUCUAAGCACACGAAUGCCACGACUGGAGAAUGCACUUCGGAAUUGGUUUCUGCGUUCGGGAGCGAGGAGCUGGGUGCGGGAUUUUCGGACUUUGACAUGUCGACUGCUAAUACGAUAUCUCCGAGCGACGACUUCUCCCGGGACGACGACUGGCUCGAGCCAGACCUGAGUGAAGCCCAUCUGAGACAUCCUGCACUCGACGGUCAAAGCAACAGUGGAAGCAGAAUGCGUAGAUCCACAUCCAGACAUUCUAACUGCAGCUCCUCUCGGAUCCAGCAAACCACGAGGACAACCACAGGUAGGCUACUUACCAGCAGCGCGAGUUGGCAACGCCAUUCGAUGGACGAAUCUUCCUUGAGCUUUUUCAAGGAGGAAAGUUUCACCGAGGAACGGCGUGUCGUCACGACGUCGCCAUCACCGACGACGGCUCAGGACUACGUUCCCACCGUCGUAGAAGCGCCAACUCCGCCUCCGCCCCCGGUGCCCACGGUCUCACCACCGUCAUCACCGGACGAGGUGGAUCACCCUGCAAUAAGCCCCCUCGUCCUCCCUCUGCCAACACAGACGAAGACCUCGGUGGAUGUCCCAUCGGCGCUGCGGCUCGCGAAGCGGCUUUACAAUCUCGAAGGAUUUAAGAAAGUCGACGUGUCGCAUCACCUUUCGAAGAACAACGAUUUCUCGCGAUGCGUGGCUGAGGAGUAUCUGCGGCAUUUCGACUUCGCGGGACUGAGUCUCGACGGAGCUCUGAGGCUCUUCCUGGACAAAUUCUGCCUGCAAGGCGAGACGCAGGAACGGGAGCGAGUGUUAGUGCAUUUCAGCAAACGCUAUCUCGACUGUAACCCCGACUGUCAGUUGACAUCUCAAGAUGCCGUUCAUACGCUCACUUGUGCUCUGAUGUUACUCAACACGGAUCUCCACGGAUCAGGCUUGACGCGACGACGCAUGACAGCACAGGAUUUCGCUCAAAACCUUUCGGGGCUCAAUGACGGAAAGGAUUUCCCUAAGGAUCUCUUACGACACCUAUUCCAGGCAAUAAAGGAGCAGCCAAUUAGAUGGGCUUCAGAUUUUGAGCCAGCACAACGCGUGGAAUCUUCUGUCUCUUCGAGUGGGACCGGCGGAAACCAAGAAUCCGCCAGUCUAGCCAAAGAUUUCCGCAAAGGAUACCUCGUAAGAAAGUGUUGCUCAGAUCCGGGAGGCAGAAAGACUCCGCGUGGCAAACGGGGCUGGAAGACGCUGUACGCUAAGCUAUCCGACCUUCUGUUACUGCUCCACAAGGAUGAGAAGAGCGGCGAAGAGAUGAAAAGUCUCACAGAUUCAAUGCAACACACGACUCCAGUGCACCAUUGUUUGGCGACGGUCGCGACCGAUUACACGAAACGGCCCUGGGUGUUCCGACUGCAGACGGCCGACAUGGCGGAAUUCCUCUUCCAGGCGGUGUCGGAUGAGGAUUGCCAGCAGUGGGUGGAAACUAUCAACUGCGUGGCUGCCGCCUUGUCCGCUCCGGCGCUCGCGGCUCCGACAUCCAGCAGCGCCAAGUUUCAAAGGCCCACCUUGCCUAUCUCGCACACUCGGCUGAAGCCUCAAGAACAGCUCGAGUCGCACUAUGCACGAGUGCUCUGCCUCGAGAGAGAACUGCAUGAGUUAGCUUCCGGGAGUUCGCCGUCUCACGCCACUCCAAAUUCAACAUCGGAAAAGGGUAAAGGAUCGAGGCACGAUAAAAACGACAAGGAACGUGCGGAACGUCUCGCCGUCAAGGAAGCGUUCCUCGUUUACGAGCUCCAGCGGUACAACACGUACGCCACCGCUCUCGCGAAGGCUAUUAGACAAGGUAGUUCCAUCGUAGGUGGAAAAGCAUCUGGUGGAGCUUCUGUAGCAGGCAAUCAUCAACAUGUUUCCAGUGGUGCAGCGUCGAAUAAUGUGAGAUCGUCACAACAGUCCCCGCCCACUCAAAAGUGCCACAUACUUCGAGAGUAG